AUGCUACCCCAGCCAACAUUCUCGCCUGGCAUGACUGGCCAGUGGGAGGAGGACGGGCACAGCGACCCUCCGUCCACCCGUUCUUCGAAUGAUGCCCCUGACCAUAUGUCUCAUAUUCGAUCUAGGUCGACGGCACACGCUGAUAGCCCUAAGAGGCUGUCCGUGUUCAGUGGCCGCUCUCGCAGUAAUACGACCACCUCCACGUCGUCCCGUCGUUCGCCCGGUUCCUCCAUGACCUCCGUUGACAGCUCCGUCCCGUCUCAAGAUGAGCGGACUACGUCCGCUAUAGGUAUGCGCCCGGAGAAGGAUCGUUCACGCUCUUUUCUCGCUCGUGGAAGCCGCAUUCUUCGCCGACAGGGCAGCAAGAUCAACAUCGUCGCCACGCUGGAUGAGGAAGACGAAAUCGAUCGUGAGGCCCAGCAACCCAAGAUGGACAAACCUGAUAUGUUUGGCCGCCGUGCCCGGCGCACUGACAAUCAUGAACGCCUGAAGAGCCUCAUCUCCGAUCCGUUCGACUUUCACCAUCUGACCCAUACGAGCCCCUCACAGUUCCCAGGGUUGGAAUUGACCCGUGAGAACGACCUCGUCACCGAAUUCUCCGUCAUUCGCGCAUCUCAACGGCCCGAAGCUGUUCUUAAGGGCAUCCGUGCCGACGACAUUCACUUCCGCAAUUUCUCCACUGAAGACUUGGCUGCGUAUGGCACCGCCACCACAGCUGAUGCGCCUACUCCUCAGAGCCCUCCAGGCUCGCCUGCGGCGUCGGGCUCGACCAGUCCCACCAGUCAUAUUCGAAGGGAAUCUCGCACCUUUGAGAACUUCUCGCGCCCGGCUUCGAGAUAUCCCCGAUCCUGCCCUACCACACCGCCGCCCCCAAGCGUCCCGGAAAGUGAAUCGGAAACUGAUGAGCCGGCGCCUCGUGCAAUUGACGAGAUUUUGGGCCUGUCGUCGGGUCAGACUUACCUCGACUACAUGGAAUCCGCUCCCUCCCCACAACUUGAGUUUGGCCCGGACCUGAAUGAUAAACAGCCGCGUGCAUACUCCAUGAGCAGUCACUAUAGCCUGGAUGAUGUACCAGAAGAGGAGGAAGCUACUCGGCUGUGGGAAGCUAGCCCAGACGCAAGCACCGACUACGCCCAUUCCCGCUCUACCUCGCAGGUGAGCCCAGGGACGGUUGAGCCUCGCUCGUGCAGUGUCCCUCCCAAGGCACCGCUUUCGAUUUUCGUGGCCGAGGAACUAUCGCGAAAGUUCUCUGAAGCUCUCGGUUCGCCGACCCUCCCUCAAACCCUCCCCAGCUCGUCCCCCAAUGCCCAUGGGGAGAUCACUCCCCCGGGCAAGUCGGGCGUCCACCAAUUCUCGUAUGAGGAUGAACUAUACGAUUCGUGGGAUGCAGAUAUCGACUAUUGCUAUGAGCAUGCGGCCGAAUCCACGUCCGACUUUGACUGGUCGCGGACAUCUUUUGAGGAAGCUCAGCGUCCCAAGACCAGCGUGGCUUGCAGCGACGAGUCCUUGCUCGGAGCCCCCAAGACCCGCCAUCUGCAGCCGAGUCCGCUGAGCACCUCCACACUUCCCACGCCGGAUCUGGACUCGAGUCCAGCACGUUCGUCAACAUUGCACUCGGCUGUCACUCCUUCAACCACCGAAUUCGAGCGGGAUUUCAUGACCGCGCGCACGAGCGAGUACUUCCAGCCUGUCGCUUCCACCCUGUCCAAGCAGAUCAACCAGGAGACUCUGUACGAGGACUACAUCACAACCGAUGCGCAAUCAGAUCAACACUUCCCUUUCCACCAGGGAAUGAUGGCUUCUGAUAACCCCGUCUCUCCGCGGAGCAGCUUCUCGCCCAUCAGCAAGUGUAACUCCCAGGAGAGCUUGAUGCUCUCCCGUGCAGCUUCCAUCGCCCGCAAGCACCGCUCCUCCGUGUCCACCACCAGCGUGCCGGAGCUGAUCCACAGCCUGUCCAGCAGCCGCGAGCUGAUGCCCACCGAUAGGCUGACUGCCAGCGAAACUCUCAACCGCCCCCCCUCUGCUCACCACCGCCAGACUAAGAGUCUCGAGGCUCAUCUGCUGCUCCAAGCAGGCAGCAACAAUGUCUCCGCCUCCGAUCUGAGUCUCUCUUCUUUGACCCAUGACCGGGCUAAGUCCAUCUCCGAGGUGGAUGUUCACCCUGUCGACUUCCCUCUCCCCUCGGUUCCCUCUAAGAACCCAACUCGCCCAAAGAAGACCCGCAAGUCUUCCUACUCUCUGUUCCCCACAGCCCAAUGA